AUGAGUGAAACACCUUCAAGCAGUUACUCAGCGAAUCAUCCAAACUCCUCCGAGAGCGAGCAGAGCUUAUCCACGCGCCAUUUCAAUGUUACUGAACCUGUUGUGGCAAAACGGAUUUGUUUCUAUAAAAGUGGAGAUCCCCAGUUUAAUGGAAUCAAAAUGGUAGUUAAUAGCAGGUCUUACAAGACAUUCGAUGCCUUGCUGGAUAGUUUGUCCAAACGGGUCCCAUUACCUUUUGGAGUAAGGAAUAUUAGUACACCAAGAGGGAGACACAGCAUCACCAAUUUGGAGGAUCUGGAAGAUGGAAAAUCCUAUAUUUGCUCCCAUCAGAGGAAAAUGAAGCCCAUCAACCUGGAACAGGCCAGCAAAAAGCCACUGCCCUGGCAGAUCAGCAGGCCUGUCAGCGCUCAUGGGUUUGGCCACCGAGAAAGCAGAAUAACAACUCCCAAAAAGAUGCUUGUUUUCAAAAAUGGGGAUGUAAGACUUAGGCGCACCAUAGUUCUGGGAAAGAAAAAUACACAAACAUUUGAGGCCUUUCUGGAUUAUAUAAGUGAGUUAAUGCAAUACCCAGUUGCAAAGCUCUAUACCACUGAUGGCAGAAAGGUUCCUAAUCUUCAGGCCUUGAUAUUGUGCUCUGGAGCUGUAGUCGCAGCAGGGAGAGAGCCUUUUAAACCAAGCAAUUAUGAAUCUCUUGGGUAUUUGAGACCUGCUAAAUUCCUUGGAAUUGGAAAUCGUGUGUACCCAAAAGUAAAUGCCAAGUCAGAAAGUGAAAAGAUGAGAACUGAAAUGGACUCUAGUUCAAGAUCUCAGAUAUUCUCAGUUUGUUCUGAUAAAGGAUCCAGCAAUGAUAACAACUCAGAGUCUUCCUAUGUUCUUGACAGCCAUAAUGGGAUAGGAGGAAAUCGGUCAGUUAUUGGUGAAGAUUUAUCUGUGUCACGGUAUCAAGAUGACAUUGAGAAAUCUGUUCACAUUAAUCAAGAUGGCAGUAUCACAGUGGAAAUGAAAGUUCGAUUCAAAAUUAAAGAGGAAGAAACCAUUAAGUGGACAACCACUGUAAGUCGUGCUGGACUUUCUGAUGACAAAAACAUCUCCAUUUGCAAUUCUUCUGCAAUGAAGGUGGAAGACUGCUCAUCCAAUGUAAAUAUGUCAGAUUGUAAGAAUCCAAAAGAUGCUCCAUUUUUGAAGAGCUGCAAUAAAGAAGGGGAAGACUUAUUACAGCAAUCCAAUGAGGAAGUGUCAGAAAAAGAAUCAGAACCUGAUUUGAAAACUGCUGAUUGUAAUGUCUCUAAGAACAAUUCUGCAGAUUUAGAUGUAAGCAAUGUACCUGAGGAAAAUAUUAAGCCUCACUUUUAUAGGCCUCCCACCCCUGGGCCAAGGCGUGUUAGACAAAAGAAAGCAGUAGUUGAAAGUGUCACCUUGGUAUCUGAGAAAGAGGUUCAAGAGAAGACAAUAGGACAGUUUUCCUACAGUGAGGAAAUAGAGAAUGGAGAAAAAACAUCUGAGUAUUGCAUGGUAGCUCAUUCAAGCAGAAAAAAAUCAAGUGUCAGUAAUCCAAAGUUUAAUGAGGUCAAUGACAAUGCUUUAUUAAAGAUGUCUUCAGAAAAUAUAAAGGAAGAAAUGCUUUUUAAAGUAAGCCACAAAAGUAGUGAGUUAAUAGAAACCACAAAUAGGAAGAUAUUAGAAGUGCCUAAUGAGAAUGAAUUGGUACAGAAUAUAUUGGAGAAAUCAGCUGUGGGACAAGGUGCAUAUAGUAGUUUAGUAUCAACCUCCAAAGCCAACAUCAGUGGUUUCACACCAUUGUCAAAAACUUACCAGACAGCUAGACCAGGUACAGCAGAUCACAUCCACAAGUCAUGUGAUAUUAAACAAAUAAAAAGGUCAGUGAGUUCUUUCAUUACAUAUUCAGAAUUAUGUCAGUCAAAAGAAGAAAUAAAAUGCCAAGCUGCUGAUUUAGUAGGUGUUUCUCAGGAUUCAGUGCAUCCAGCCUGUGCUGGGCAUAGCCAGAAGAAAGUGAUGGCACCUCCAUGUAGUAAGAGUCCGACUGAGAAAGUAAAUCAAACAACUGGAUUCUUUCCUACUGUUACUGAAAGUGAGACUCAAAUCAAUGCCAGGACUGAAUCUGUGAUGACAAUGCCCAUUGAGAAUAACCAGCCUGCCUCAUCCCUCACCAAAAAUAAGAAGAAGAAAAGAAAAUCAUCUAGCUUUCUAGAGGAAGGUACAUAUGAAAGUCAAAAGCAUCAAGAAAUUUCAGGGAUGAUUAGAAGUGAGGGACUUCAUAUCACACAGGAUUCCACAACAGAGGCUAUGGAUAAAUAUUCUGAAAUGCCUCAGAAAAAAGGAUCUGAUUAUUUUGUAAGAAACAAUGAUGGGUCUGCCAAUUCAGACAAAACCAUACAUCCUGAAGGUGAGUUCAAUCACCAGGAUUUGGUGGAACAAAAUGGAUCACCGUCAUCAUCAUCUAACAAAAAAAAAAGAAGUAAUAACAAGAAGUUAGCCAAGGUAAAAUUGAAGUCAGGCAAAAAAAGCAGUAUCAUUUCAACUGCAAAGAGUGAAGAUGGUCUAAUAACAGCUGAUUCAAACAAUGAAUCUAAACACAGUCAGGAUAUGCUUAAUACUGAGAAAGAAGGCACGCAUCUUAUGACCAGUUCUUUCAAGCAGACACUUAACUCAUCAAAGCUAUUGUCAGAAGUGCCAAAAAAUCUUAACUUUGAAAAAGAAAAGAAUAAUUUGGAACAUUUGCUAUCAAAGAAAGAGAAAAAGCAAAAGAUGAAGAAAAAUCUAGGUAAAGGUGUAAGUAAGAAAAAUAUGUUAGAAAGUGCCAUUACACUAGAGGCUCUAAACCAGGAGUGUUUUCAAGAGAAUGUUGUUGAGCAUUCACGUGAAAACUACGUCCAAACUUGGCUGAAAAAUUCAUUCUCAAACUCUGUCUUACCUCCUAUAAAGAAAAGAGAAGGGACUGCAGAGAAUAGCAAUGCCUGUUCUUCUCCUAAAGAAAAUACUGAUGCCUCUAUAGAAAAAGAAGCUAGAUUUAACACAAAUAAUAUGCAUGUAACUGGAAAAACACUUGGAGAUAACCUAACAAGAAAACCAUUAACGCCUAUUGGUAAAGUGGGAAUUCCAGAAGACUCAGACAAAGAUUCAGAUGAAAGACAAACUGACUCUUUGAUUCAUUCUAAUGCAUCUGUACUAGAAGAAGCCAAGUAUUUACUAAAGGCGGAAUUUCAUCAGGAUAGUAAGCUACAUUUGUUUCAUGAAGCACAUGACAAUGAUAAAAAGAUGGCAGAAGUUGACAUUCAAGUUACCAACCUAUGUCAAAUAAAAAGAUCUGAAGUUGCUGUUCAAGCCGAUUGCACAAUUGUUAGUGAGAAAAUUGGAAUUGAAGUUCAGAAUAACUGCAUGUCUAACAUGUUGCUGCAUGAACUUCAAUCAGCUUUGCUUGGUCUGCAGAAAGGACAUAGUGGAUGCGUUGGAAAAUCUUGUGGGUUUUCAGAUCUUUCUCCUGCAGCUUUUGGUUCUUCCUCCAAUGCCCUCCUAGCUUGGCUACUUUUACUGAAUCUGAGAGAGAGUUUGAUUGGGACAAUCACUGACAAUGCGCAAAAAAAUCCCUGUAGUUGUUCUGAAAUCUUUACGCAGUUAAAAUGUCUGAAACAAACUGCAGCUGUAGACCAAGCUGAUGAGCUGAAGACUGUAUUCUCACAUCUCCAACAAUCAACAGAAAAUAACUUAUUACACUUUAGGAAAGAACCUGAAAAGCAGGGCUCCACACAUGAGAAUAUGCCCACAUCGGAAAUUCCUAAUGAUACACAUUUGCAUGAACAUGAAGAAUCAGUUGAGCCUUCUAUUGCAAUGGGCAGUGUCAAUUCUGAAGAAGCUUUAAAAUUAACUGGGGAAUCAGAAAGCUGUUUUGAUAUAGAGAGGGAUUUUUGUAAAGAAACAGAGACUUUAGACAUGACUGCUCCCAAAACACAAGUAGAUGGUCAAUAUAACAAUAUGAUUUCAAAUACCUGUAGCCUUCCAUCAGCUGUAGAGACACCAGAAAGAAAUGAAGAAAUGCCUGGUAAUUUAUAUGAAAAAACUCAAGAUACCUCAUUCAUUAAUGAAGAGUCAGAAUCUUCAGUAGAACCUAACUCCACAGUUCACAGUGUAACUUCUAAUGAUAACAACUGUAUUUUAGAUCAGGAUACUUCUGAGUUAGAAGGUGAAAAAGGCAUUGUACCUGUUAGUACUGAUAAAAGUGAAGAUGAGGAUGUUGAUUCAAAGUCAGCAGAUACUGACAAAACACCAAAACACCAACUUACACUAGAUGCUGAAACCUCUGUAGAAUGUAAUAAUGAGGAUUAUUCUGUACAGGGUGACAAAGAAGAUGCAGAAAUAUCUGAGGAAACCUCUGACAGGUUAUCUACAGUGUCUCCAUUAUCAUUUCGUUAUGAAUCAAAGCAAAUUACAGAAUGUGACAUGACCGAGGGAGAGCAGAAAUUACAAGUAGAAGAACUGGAGAAUAAAAUGUGUUCUGACGCCUCUCAAGUUAAAAAGUGCUUAAAAAGUCCUGCUACUUCAGACUGGUCAGAUUACAGACCAGAUACUGAAGAGAGUGAUAAUAACUUUAGGGCAUCCAGUGACUUGACCAAUGAAAGUGGAGAGGAAGCACUUGAAAAACAUUAUAAUACUGGCUAUGUAAAGAGAACUAUUGAAAGACUCUAUGGCAAGACAGAAGCUUCAUUUAAGCCUGACUUUCACAAAGGAUUUCCUUAUAUGUCAAAAGUAUUUCAAGCAGAUACUGAAGGAUUCCACUCUGCAGUGGGGGAAAAAAUAAUUUAUUUUUCUCAAGAAUCUAUGUCUUGUUCUGCAGAGAAAUUGUCGCACUCCUCACUACCAUCACAAGACUAUCCAGUCAAAGAAAACACAGAUGAUAGUAUAUCAAGAAGAGAAAAUACUCCUUUACCAGCACCACAAUCUGCUCUUAACAGAGAAGAGACAAGUUAUACUAAUGACCAUUUAGGGGAAUCUCCAAAUCAACAUUGUCAACCUAUCAUUCAGGCUAGUGAAGACGAAGGAAUAUUGAUAGAUAAAGGCAAAUGGCUUCUGAAAGAAAAUCAUUUGAUAAGAAGAUCACCACCUGAACGGAUUGGAAUGUAUGGUAAUUUGGAUACAACAUCAAUUGAAAGUGAUGAAGUCCCAUACUCUCACUUUGGCAAUCUGGAUCAGUACCCCGCCCUUGAUGAGAUACCUUCUUCAGAACUUGAAGACAUGGUAAAACCCCCUGAAAAUUUUUGCAGCUACUUCAAUAUGCCUCAUAAUAGUGAUUCAGACCCCUUGCAGGAUGAGUCAAAUAUAAAAGGCAAACCUAGUCGCAAUGGUAAGAUCCUUCCUGUACCAAACAAAGACAAUACCAAUCCAUCAAGCAUGGUAGGUUCUACUUCCACACAGGCUGACACCAAUUUUUCAGCCUUUUCAUCUGUAGAAUUUAGAUUGCCUGAUAACAAGGUGCAUCCAUUGGAAAAACCUUCAAAUGCUGUACCCAUACAGUCUCAGCCAACAAAUGUUAGUAAUGUUGAUAGAAGUGCUCUUCGUGAAGAAGAUUCUCUGGAUAGACUCCAUGCGAUAUGUGGCCAACAUUGUCCAAUUCUGAUGGUAACAGUAACACCAAUUAAUGAGGAACAGAGAGGAUAUGCCUACCAAAAGGCAUCUGAUAUUGAGAACCAGCUGGGUUCAUAUUUGUUGGGCAAAAAGAGCAAACAUUUAGAAUGGUCAGGUCAAGACUUGACAGACAAAAAUAAUCAUGUGUUUUUGAAGAAUAACUCUAUCAAUAAGAUUGUCAAUAAUAUCUUUAAAAGGUUUUAUGCUGAUAACACCUUAGAUUUUAUUACUAGGAAAUGGAAUGUGUCAGUCCUCACCAGUGAUGUACCAUCUGCAGGAACAAGCUCAAAGGUUUAUAUUACAUUGUAUGGGGAUCGUGGCAGUUCAGGUCCUCUUUUUCUUGAUGGAGAGAAGGGAAAAUUAUUUCAGAGAGGCAAUGAAGACAUCUUCACAGUUAAUACUAGGAACAUAGGACAUCUCUACAAAAUUCGUAUAGGACAUACAAAUGCAGGAAACUCCCCUGCCUGGCACUGCAAAGAGGUAAAAGCAAUGAGGAAGAAUUUUACCUGGGAGCAGUUCUCUUUCCCUGCAAACCGAUGGCUGGCCAAGGACCAGUCUGAUGGAGAAAUAUCUGUGGAGCUUCCUGUUUUACAGCAGGGUCAGCCUAUUCUUCCAGUGACUGUCUACAAAGUGCAUGUGACAACUGGAGACCUGUGGAAUGCUGGAACUGAGGCUGAUAUUUAUAUUUCUGUCUAUGGAGAAAGAGGUGAUACAGGAUCAAGACAGCUGCUCAGGUCACAGAAACCCAAGAAAUUUUUAAAAGGACAAACUGACAUCUUUGCUGUUGAAGCUGUGCACCUUGGAUGUUUGUACAAGAUUGUUAUAGGACACAAUGGACUUGGAUCAGGAAAUGGAUGGUUUCUGGACAAAGUUGUAAUCAAGGAUCCUAUAACAGAUUUGGAUUAUACUUUUCUUUGUCACAGGUGGCUGGAUCAGGGACAAGAUGACGGCAAUAUUUCUAGAGAACUGCCUGUGACAGAUGCCAGCAUGCUUCCAGGAAGACAAGAGCUGGAACUCAAGAGAGGAAAAGCUUGGGCUGCAGAAAAAUGGAAAUUUCGGAAAGGCGUUAUACUUCAAUUUUACAACAGGGUCACCCGUGGCUUCAUUUGCCUCUACCCAGAUAGCAGAGUUGAUGCUCUUGGUGACAAGAAAAACAAACACGGUCUUUUUCAUGUAAAUGUCAAAAGGAGAAAUAUAUGUAUAUUCAGCAGUCAUCAAAUGCCAUCUCUUGCUCUUGCUCUUGUCAGUGGCCGUGUAACUGGAAAGGCCAAAGACAAGGCCUGUUGUGAGCUCCGUGUUCACUUACAACCAAACAGCUGUGCCAUUCUCGAGUCAGCCAGCUACCCAGGUCACACCGUGGCUUUCAAUCUCCAAGGCAAAGUAGCUGAUGAAGCAACGGGAUAUGCUGGGCUUUCCAAAGAAUUUGUUGUGCAUGUCAAGGACAUGCAUGAGUAA